ACAGUUUAAUUAGGAAAUGGUUAUAAAGUAAAGAUGGCAGUGAAAGGCGGCGCACGAAUUUUUCUCCUCGCAAUUUUGUGUAUUUUCUUGUUAAAAUCAUGUAACGGGGCCGCGACAGACAUUGAAUUAGAUGCGAAAGCACAGUUGUUGCAUAGACUCGAUAGUUUGAAUCUUCUAUUAUACACAUUUCUAUUGAUAUUAACUGUUUUAACAAUAUGGACAUUUAAGCAUCGUCGACUUAGGUUCCUCCAUGAAACUGGUCUAGCUGUCAUUUAUGGAUUAAUUAUAGGAGCAAUAAUUCGUUAUGGCUUCACAACAAGUAGUACCAUUCUUCACAUGCCUGUUGUGCAAGACAACAGUAGUAAAUAUAAUCAAUCCGUUCCUCCGGAUACGUUAUGGUUACGUUUUCCAGAAGAUAAAGGAGGCGGCGAUAUUAAGAAUAAAACAUUUGCUUAUUCAUUUAGAGGAGAGAUUUAUAAGCAAGAUAAUGAAAUUGAUCUCAAGGCCACCUUUGAUCCUGAAAUAUUUUUCAACAUCAUUUUACCACCAAUUAUUUUCCAUGCUGGUUAUAGCUUGAAACGCAAAUAUUUCUUUAGAAAUUUGGGAGCAAUUCUUAUGUAUGCUUUAAUUGGGACAACAAUAUCAGCAUUUGUUAUAGGAGCAUUGAUGUAUGCGUUUGUACAAUUAAUUCCGCAUCUUUCUGCUUCGUUCACGUUUCUGGAUACUUUAUAUUUCGGCGCAUUGAUAUCUCCUACAGAUCCGCUGACGAUAAUUUCAAUAUUUAACGAUUUACACGUAGAUGUAAAUCUGUAUGCAUUGGUAUUUGGGGAAAGCGUAUUGAAUGAUGCAGUGGCAAUUGUACUUAGUGGUUCAAUACAGAAUUAUGCGGAACGUUAUCAGUCAGGUUCAGGCAGAUUUGAAACUGUAGCAUUUUUCCAAGCAUUUGGUGAUUUUGUUGGAAUAUUCAGUCUUUCUUUAUUUAUUGGCGCUACGAUGGGCUGUAUCACUGCUUUAUUAACUAAAUUUACUAGAGUUAGAGAUUUUCCUCUAUUGGAAUCAGCAUUGUUUGUUUUAAUGUCUUACAGCACUUUCUUAAUUGCCGAAGCAUCCGAUCUUACAGGUGUGGUUGCGGUCUUAUUUUGUGGUAUAUGUCAAGCACAUUACACAUAUAAUAAUUUAAGUCCAGAUUCUCGUCAACGGACAAAACAGCUGUUCGAGCUUUUGAACUUUUUAGCUGAGAAUUUUAUAUUCAGUUACAUCGGUGUUUCAAUGUUUACUUUCCCAAAACACCAUUUCGAUCCAGGAUUUAUUUUUGCAGGAUUCCUCUGUGCGUUACUAGGUCGUGCAGCAAACGUAUAUCCAUUAUCCUUUGUAUUAAACUUGGCUCGAAAGCCGAAGAUAUCGUUAAAUUAUCAGCACAUGUUAUUUUUCGCUGGAUUACGUGGAGCUAUGAGUUUUGCUUUAGCCAUCAGAAAUACUGUGUCAGAUGCGCGACAAGCUAUGUUGACAACGACGAGUUUAAUUGUAAUUUUAACAGUGAUUUUCCAAGGUGGUGGAACAACUCAGUUUUUGAGUUGGUUUAAUAUACCAGUCGGAGUGGACGAAGAAAUAGAAGGAUUAUCGCAUAAUGGAAUGCGAAGUUCUGGUGGCGAAGGUGGCUUUGGAGAACUGGACAUGCAUAGGGAGCGAAGUCCUCCGUAUAAUUCUAUGCAGGAUGGAUCAUUACCAGUCAGUGGCGCAAAACCUAAUGAAAAAGCAUUACUUGCCAGAAUCUGGGGUGAUUUCGAUACUCGCUACAUGAAACCACUUUUAACUCACUCCAGGCCUACAUUAUUAGAAACACUACCAGUGUGUUGCGGCCCUCUAGCUAGAAUUCUUACUACGACGCAACAAAUGACACAGGACGAAGCUAUUAGAAAAGCAGACUCAGAUUCGGACUUUUGUCUCGAAGAUCGUGAAAUGGAGCGACGAAGGACGAGUAUUCAACCGAGAAAAAGAAAUGAUGAUUAUGAUGAUGAUGAUGAUGAUGAUGAUGAUGAUAUUGAUGAUGAGGAGGAGGAGGAUGAUGAUGAUGAAGACCUAAGAAUCAUUGGAAUGGAAGGAUUUAUCCCGUUACGAACAUUGUAACGGGACAGAAGCCGUUAAAUAUAUAUAGUAUUUUGGGAAGAUUAUUUUUAAAGACUUUGUAAUACAUCCGUGGGGUAGGAAAAACGAUUAAAAAUAAUUACUUCGUGUACAUUAAAAUUUUUUUUAAUAAUACUUUCACUUUUUUACGUUAAUAUUAAAUAAGAUCUAGAUUAUUAGCUAACAUUUCCUUCCUUUUGUACAAGUCAAGGAAUGUUAACAAGACAUUCUUAAAAAAUGCAUUAAGUGUAUUUUUUGAAAUGUUAGCAAUAAGGUAAAAAAGAGAGAAAUGAUAUUGGUGCAAAAGAUAUUUAUUUAUUAUCUCUGCACUCGAAACUUGUUGGCGUGACAGUAUGGUGUAUAUUAGCAUGAAUGCAAAUUAUGGAAGUAUAGUACAUGAACAGCAAAUUUCCAGAUUAUGUACAUAUUGUAAUUUAUUUAAAACUAGAAUAAAUAUAAAAAAAAAGGUCUGAUAAAAUUCUGAUCUACGUUAAAAGUACAUUGAAAUUGCCAUAUUUAUUAAAAACUGUGUAAUUGAACAUUAAACAUAAUUUUCAGUAUUUAACGAAUCUCAUAAACUUUCAUACUUCAGUAAUAUCAAAAGAGUAAUGUUAUUAAAAGGUUUAGGGAGUAGACAUUACCCCGUACAAUUUCUUUAGUUUCCUUUUACGUUACCCGCAUUUCAUCUAUUGUAUACAUAUAUGUAUACAGUGAUUCAUAGAAGUAUUCAUACUCCUUUAACUGCUGACCUCGAACCUAUGUAAUUUAUUGUUAAGGUAAAAUGUUAUGGAAUGCUUGUUGAUAAAUGCGUAUACUGUAAAGUACUGACCUAAACAGAUACUAAUUAUUACUUGAAACCUUAAUUAAUUCAGUCUAUAUUGUUAUCAAUAAGAAUCCUAUAACAUUUAUCCUAAAAAGAUAUCAACAGACCGAAAUUAGUAGUUGAGGAGCAUGAAUACUUGUGGGAUUCACUGUAACUGUAUUGGCAAAGGAUUUAGUUCAGAUCUGUCGUAUACUGAAUGCUGUUGCAUGAGAAACCAAAUCACUUUUCAGAUAUUAAUUUUUACAUCAAGAAUGCUGUUUAAAAAUUGCCGCUUGCACACUACUUAUGCUAGUAAUAACAAAUUAUUUUUACAGACAAAAUAAUUGUUUACAUCUGCUUUCCUUACAUUAUUUCGAAAUAUCUCUCGCAUUUAUUCCUGCUUAACUUUUCCCACCUAAUUAUUGAGGUAUUUUUUACAUAACACUGCAACUGGCUUAAAGUACACAGCAUUGUAUUUAAGUCUUGAUUAUCAUUAUAUUUUACUAUUUAUUUAAAAAAUGUAAAAAAUAUAUAAUAUAAAGAUAUAAUAAACAUAGUUCUAUUAAUGUUCGAUUUUUUUUUCGAACUCAUACAUAAUGCGUUAUUGUGCAAUCGGCAAGUAAUAUACUCUGCUAGUGAUAAACUUUUAACAAUUAUGUUUGUACAGUUAUAAUAGAAUGGUUUUAGUUCCGUAUAAUUUUUUUUUAUUGUAGUAUUAUGUUUUUCUGUACUUAUUUUUAUAAUUUAUUUUACGUUUGUAUUGCUUACUUCUAUUUGGUUCCU